GGUAGGUGCUAUUAUCCCCAUUUCACAGUGAAGUAAAGAGAGGUAAAAAAUGACUUGCCUAGAGUCACACAGCUAGUAAGUACCUGAGACUGGAUAUGAACUCAGCUUCUCCUGACUCCGGAACCAGCCCUCUAUCUAUUGGCUGAACCACCUAACAGGCUCAGAAAUUCUAGGGACAGAAAUUGGAAAGGAAAUUAAUUUUUGAUCGCAAAGUUCUGAGAAUUCAAAUUCCAUGGGCCCAACUUUAAGCCGCAAAAUUAGCAUAUCGUCAAUCACAGAGUUUAAAUAGCUGAGGAGCGGGAGCAGACAACAUCACUUCAAUCAGGCAACUUCCCUUUGACUCAAGGUCUCAACCACCAUGAAGCUGCUCAUCUUCUCCUGCCUUGUGGCUCUUGCUCUGGCCAGGCCAGAUGUUCUCAACUUAUCUAAUAAUAGGCAUAUUAAACGUCGAGAACUGGAAAACCGUCUGAUUGAAGAUGUCAUUCCAACAAGUGAGGUUUCAUCAAGUGAGGAAUCUCUUCACCAGCUGAACAAAGUCAGACAGUCCUUGGAAAAGUAUGAGGUCAACAGACUCAGAGAGGAUUUGAAGACUUCAUCAAGUGAGGAAUCUGUCGCUCCAACUACUGAAGAACGUGUCCGCAGACAGGUUGAGUACAACUUCAAUGAGGAGGAUUCUUCUGCCUCUCGUGAGAGCAAGAUUGAAGAUGUCAAUGAACAGUAUCAGCAUUAUCUGAGAAGACUUCAAGAAGAGAGAGCUCUUAACUUCCGCUCCCUGGAAUCUCUCUAUUAUCCUACUGAGCUGAGAAAGCCUCAGGAAUACAGAGAAAAGCUCUACAUGGAGCAGCCAGAAUUCUACUACCCAUAUGUUCCCAUUUAUGUACCACGAUUUAUGCUUUAUCCAGUAGAAGCUUCCAUCUAUUCUACCCGCAAUGCUCCAGUAUCUUCUAUUAACAGGGCUACUGAAACAGUCUUUACCCAUUCUGAAGAGAAGAAGAACUAAGAAGAGCUUCCCCCUCUCUCCUGAUCCUUGUUCUGACUGAAAAUUGCAACCUCUUUAUGGGAUCUGUCUUCUAUUGGUGUCCACAAUUUGCAUCAUCCUAUGCAAGAGAUUUGACGCUCAUUAUUGAAUGAAAAACAAAGAAAAGUAAAACAAAACUCAGGAGAGUGGAAUCUUUCUCUGAUGUGUACUAAAUGGCAUUAUUCCUCUUAAUCAAAAUUUGAUUUAUAAACUCUCUUUCCUGUAUCCCACUUUCAGUCCUGACAAGCCAGGUGUAGGGAAUUCUAGCAUGGCGACAUUAUUUAUAGGUACCAAACUUUUGCUAUGUUUCUGUAAAGGGAAUUUAUAAGAAAGAGUCCUUGAAUUAUUUAACUUCUUGGCACUUCUCCUU